AUGGUGACCUUGUGCGACCCAAAGGCGGUGAUCAACAAUGAGAACAUGUCAGAAAAGAUGCAACAGGGUUUGGUGGAGUGCACUGCUCAGAUGCUGGAGAGAUUUAAUAUAGAAAAAGACAUAGUGGCCUAUAUCAAGAUGGAGUUUGACAAGAAGUACAACCCUACCUGGCACUGCAUUGUAGGGAGGAACUUCAGUAGUUAUGUGACACAUGAAAGCAAACACUUCAUCUACUUCUACCUGGGCCAAGUGGCCAUUCUUCUGCUCAGAUCUGGUUAA